AUGGCUAUUCAACCCAAGACAGCUGCAUUGAUUACUGCUGGCGUAGCAGUAUCUGCUGGUAUUGCUUACAUGGUCUACUUUGAUCACAAGAGACGCAAUGACCCCAAUUUGAAAAAGAAGCUCAAAAAGGAAAAGAAGAAGGCUCAAAAGGAGAUGAAAAAGGCCGAGGAAAAGGUCAAAUCCACUGUUCUCCAAGUCAUUGAGCAAGUCAUGAGCGCUGCUGAAAAGGAGCCUUUACCUACUACUCCCGAAGCCAAGGAAAAGUAUUUCAUGGAACAAGUGGCUGCUGGCGAAAGUCUCUGUAACAGAGGUGAGGCUUUCUAUAAUGAUGCCGUUUUGCCCUUCUACUUGGCCUUAAGAGUAUAUCCUGCUCCUAUGGAAUUGAUCAUGAUCUAUCAAAAGACUGUUCCUGAGCCAGUUUUCCAAAUGGUCAUCAAUAUUAUGGCUCUUGAUCAACAAAAACGUCAAAACUUGUUUUACGAAAAGUUUCCUCCCAAAGAGACCAACGUCAAAUUGGCUGAAUUGCCCGCUGGUGUCAAUGAGGAAGGUACUCCUGUUGUUCGUCGCUCUCUUGCUGCCGACAAGGACAUUUCUGAAGGCGAGGUCAUCUACUCUGAACGUCCUCUUGUCUCUGCAUUGUAUCCCGAGCUGGAAGGAUCUCACUGUAACUAUUGCUUGAAGACUCUUACUGCUGAAAACAAGGUAGAAUGUCCCAAGUGUGAUUUAGUUGCCUUCUGUAGCGAAGAGUGCCGUCAAAGCGCAGAUACUGAUUAUCACCAAUAUCUCUGUUCUCAUAACAAAUCAACCGAGAUCAAGGAAGCGGAUGAAGCAGAGGAAAAGAAUGUCGCUUUGGAAUUCCACGAAACCUCCAAGAUUAGCAACACAAAGUACCCUUACAUGAUUGCUCGUUUCUUGUCCGCUAUGGUUGCUGAAGAAUUGAGCAAGCAGAAGACAGAGGAGAAGGUCGGCGAGACCACUUUUGGUGCCUGGGACCAUGUUGAUCGUUUUAGAUAUCUGGAAACCACCGCUAGCCCCGAAUCUACUGCUGAAAUUUCCAUGUUGAAGCAAGUGCUUGGCCCCAAGGUACAAGGUAUUAGCGAGUUCUUGUCUGACGAAAUUUACUUGAUGCUCAAGGGCAAGAUGUUGUACAAUGCUUAUGGUAUCCCUGCCUCUGCAUCAGAGCAGGUCGAGGUUCGCCCCUCUGAUGAACAUGUGAGAUCCACUGACCCCAACGCAAAGUACAUUGGUGCUGGCCUUUACAAGAUUUCCACUUACAUUGGUCAAUCUGAUGAAAACGCCAACGUCAAGUUGACUUUUGAAAACGACAACCUCUCAGUUACUGCUCUCAAGGAUAUUAAGAAGGACGAUGAGCUUCUUGCUUCUUACACUUUACCGGUUCCCAAAAAGUCGAACUAA